CCUAUCCUUUAAGAUAAGCCCCUGCAUACAUUAACUGCUUCUCAAUUCCUCAUUCAAACCAAAUCAAUCGCAGCAGCUUCGAAGCAAAAUCUGUCGACAUGGCCUCUGCUUGUGCUUCUUCAGCUAUUGCAGCUGUUUCCCUUUCUUCCCCAAGUACCCAGAAAACUGGAUCUAUUGUGGGAGCAACAAAGGCUUCUUUUCUUGGAGGGAAAAAACUGAGGCUGAGAAAGUAUGUGACACCGGCGAGGGCGCAAUCGGUCACUAUGUGCGCUUUAGCUGACCCUGACCGGCCCCUCUGGUUCCCAGGCAGCACCCCUCCUCCAUGGCUUGAUGGCAGCCUCCCCGGAGACUUUGGAUUUGAUCCUCUUGGUCUUGGGUCUGAUCCCGAGACAUUGAGAUGGAACGUACAAUCGGAGAUCGUGCACUGCAGGUGGGCAAUGUUGGGUGCUGCUGGCAUUUUCAUCCCAGAAUUCCUGACAAAGAUUGGCAUCUUAAACACCCCUUCGUGGUACACUGCUGGCGAACUAGAAUACUUCACUGACAAAACCACGCUCUUCAUCGUCGAGCUAAUUUUCAUCGGUUGGGCUGAGGGAAGACGGUGGGCUGACAUCCUCAAGCCUGGGUGCGUCAACACGGAUCCUAUCUUCCCCAACAACAAGCUCACCGGUACAGACGUUGGCUACCCUGGCGGGCUAUGGUUCGACCCUCUUGGUUGGGGAUCAGGUUCUCCUGAGAAAAUCAAGGAGCUGAGGACAAAGGAGAUCAAGAAUGGAAGGUUGGCUAUGUUGGCUGUGAUAGGUGCGUGGUUCCAAGCCAUCUACACUGGCACUGGACCAAUCGACAACCUCUUUGCCCACCUUGCUGAUCCUGGUCAUGCCACCAUUUUUGCUGCUUUCACCCCCAAGUGAUUGGAGCAAAAGGGAGAAUGCUAACCGGGAUUGAUGUGCUGGAGAAACAUUAGUGAACAUCUUUGCCUAAGGAGGAAUUUCACAUGUGAUUCAGAGUGAUGUUUGUAUCAUUAGAACUUGUAUUGUCUGUUCAUGUCUGCUGUAGAAACCUCAAGCAGUGUACAAAAACCUCUUAAAUUUGAACUUAAAA